ACCAAGAAACAGGAAAUAACAUGUUCCUGGAACACAUUAAGAUCACAACUUGAUCUCAGGUAGAAGAGGUGCUUCGAAUCCUGACUUUAGCGGAGCACCGGGUUCCACGCUAGUGUGUCUUAUACUGCAAUCCAGCUGAAGAGGAGAGAGAGACUCCUGCUUUGGUGCGUUCUGCUUUAUCUGCCAAGGCGGUGACAAAUACGACGCCUUUGACCUUUCUUUCUGCCUCCAACCGCGACCCCGUCGCCGUCAUCCGUGGCCCUUCUUCUUUGGAGACCUCGGGUAGUCUCUUCGUAUCAGGUGUCACCAAGUGCUCUCUCUCUCUCUCUCUCUCUCUCGCUUACUGCGUCUUUUUUUCUUUGGGUAACGUUUGUGAUCUUUCAUCUGUUGUAAAAUUUGGAUUUCUUUUCUUUCUCCAACUAGUUUGGUUCCCCUGCCAAAAUUGUUCUUUUUAUCUCGAAUCGAGACUAGUCAUUGGAAAAUUUGCAACUUUGAUUUGCUUUUAGGGUUUGAGUGGUAGCUUUCAAGAAAAGCAACAGCCGUUUCGUUUUUCCUUCUCCAAUUAUUAUCCAUUAGGUAAUAAAUUUAAGGUUGGGAGUGGCUAUGAAGCUGGAGCAGCCUGUGAAGAUUAUUACAUGGGGAGCUCCUGUAUCUGGCAAGGGAACACAGAGUGAACUAAUUGAGAAAAAUUAUGGUCUGGUUCACAUGGCUGCAGGUGAUUUGCUCAGAGCAGAAGUUGCAGCAGAGACUGAGAAUGGAAAGCGGGCCAAAGAGUAUAGGGAGAAGGGGAUGUUGGUGCCUGAUGAAGUUGUUGUCACAAUAGUGAAGGCACGUCUUAGCCAACCAGAUGCUGAAGAAAGUGGCUGGGUCUUAGAUGGAUAUCUGAGAAGCUUAUCCCAGGCGAAUGCUUUACAAGAUCUUGGUGUCCGACCUGACAUGUUCAUUCUCCUGGAGGUAUCUGAAGAAAACCUUAUUGAGAGAGUGGUUGGGCAAAGACUUGAUCCUGUUACUGGAAAAAUGUAUCAUUUGAAGUACUCACCACCUGAAAACGAAGAAAUUUCUUCAAGACUUGCACGGCGUUUUGAUGAUACAGAAGAAAAGGUAAAACUAAGGUUGCAGAAUUAUCAUCAGAAUGUCGAUGAUGUACUUUCAGUAUAUAAGGACAUCAUAUUUAAGGUCAAUGGAGAUGCCCCCAAGGAAGAUGUAUUCGCUGAAAUCGACAAGAAACUAUCUUCAAUUGCUGAAGAGCAAUCCAAGAACUCAUCCAAGCAAGCUGCUAACAUGUGAUGUAGAGGACAGAAGUAAUGGUAGUGCAGAAAAAAUGAGUGCAACUGCUAACAGGUGGUCUCCAAAAUGACACGAGCUGUCAAAAGAGAAAUUUGA